CAGUGUGGAUGGUGGUGUUGUUCUUCCUUUCACCAUUGCUGUUAUUUCUCUAGCCUUCAAAUUUGAUUGUAGUCUGUGUAAGUCCUUUGUUAAGGUCAUACAAUGGUUGCAGCCAAGGCGAAAUCCAGUUCCAAUGGGGAAGUAGAAGCCAUAGGAAUAGAUUUGGGAACAACGUACAGCUGCGUAGGAGUAUGGCAAUAUGACCGUGUGGAAAUCAUUGUCAAUGAUCAGGGCAAUCGUACUACUCCAUCUUGCGUUGCCUUUACUGAGACUGAACGUCUCAUAGGGGAGGCUGCUAAAAAUCAAGCUGCCAUGAAUCCUGCAAAUACUGUAUUUGAUGCAAAACGGCUGAUUGCCAGAAAGUUCGGUGAUCCAAUUGUCCAAACAGACAUGAAACUGUGGCCAUUCAAGAUUGUUGCAGGUCAAGGAGACAAGCCCCUGAUCCUAGUCCAAUACAAAGGAGAGACAAAGAAACUCUCUGCAGAGGAAAUCUCCUCCAUGGUAUUGGCAAAAAUGAAGGAAAUUGCAGAAUCCUUCCUAGGCAAAACAGUAAAAAAUGCAGUCAUUACAGUUCCCGCCUACUUCAAUGAUUCACAAAGGCAAGCCACCAAGGACGCCGGGGCCAUUUCUGGGCUGAAUGUCACGAGAAUUAUCAAUGAGCCCACUGCAGCAGCAAUAGCCUAUGGGCUUGACCAAAAGAGCGAGACAGGCAGUGACAGAGAAAAAAGUAUACUUAUUUUCGACCUGGGUGGAGGAACAUUCGAUGUAUCAAUCCUGACCUUAGCUGGAGGAGUCUUUGAAGUGAAAGCCACAGCAGGGGAUACCCAUCUGGGUGGUGAAGACUUCGACAAUAGAAUGGUGAAUCACUUUGUCCAGGAGUUCAAGCAAAAGCACAAGAAGGAUAUGAGUGCCAAUGCCAAGGCAAUGCGGCGCCUGAAGACUGCCUGUGAGAGAGCCAAAAGAACCCUCUCCACCACUACUCAGACUGCCAUUGAGAUUGACUCCUUGCAUGAAGGAAUUGACUUCCAUGCCAGGAUAACCAGAGCCAAAUUUGAAGAGCUCAACAUAGACUUGUUCAAGAAAUGUAUUGAACCUGUGGACAAAUGCCUCAGAGAUGCCAAGAUGGAGAAGUCUGUCAUCAGUGAAGUCGUUCUGGUAGGGGGGUCCACCAGAAUUCCAAAAGUCCAAAAGCUGUUACAGGAUUAUUUUGGGGGUAAGGAGCUGUGCAAGAGCAUCAAUCCUGAUGAAGCUGUUGCCUAUGGUGCAGCAGUGCAGGCUGCCAUAUUAAAUGGAGAAACAAAUGAAAAAGUGCAGGAUGUUUUGCUCUUGGACGUGGCACCCCUCAGCCUGGGGCUGGAGACCUCAGGAGGAAUUAUGACUGUCCUCAUUCCCAGAAACACUACCAUUCCUGCAAAGAAAGAGCGGAUCUUUACCACUUAUUCAGACAAUCAGACCUCUGUUUUGGUUCAGAUAUACGAAGGUGAAAGAGCUCAGAGCAAAGCUAAUAAUCUUCUGGGAAAAUUUGUGCUAUCUGGUAUUCCCCCUGCACCAAGAGGGGUCCCUCACAUUAAUGUUUGUUUUCAUAUUGAUGCUAAUGGUAUCCUCAAUGUCAGUGCCGAAGACAAGACUGCAGGGAUUAAGAAUACAAUCACCAUUAACAACGAUAAGGGCAGGCUGAGCAAAGCUGAGAUUGAGAGAAUGGUGCAGGAAGCAGAGAAAUACAGAGAAGAAGAUGAAUAUGUCCAAAAAAGAUCAGAUGCUAGAAACAUGUUGGAGAACUAUGUCUACAACAUGAGAAAUACUAUCAAGGAUGAGAGAUUCAGUAAGAAGAUCAGCUCUAAUGACAAGGACAAAAUGCAAAAAGUUAUCAAGAGCACAAUUGAAUGGCUGGAUACCAAUCAGCUGGCAGAUGCUUGUGAGUAUGAACAAAAGUUGCAUGACCUGGAACAUGUUUGUAAUCCUGUAAUCUCCAAUGCUUACAAAUCAGCUGCAUGAAAGGGUAAUAAUGAGGGAUCAAAGGUUGACUGAAUUAUGUAAAGGGAUAUUUGUAAUUCACCUGCAAUCAUGUAUGGUAGGAUAGUAGAGUCUAGUAGUAGUAGAAUAUAUCAUAUAUGUUUUAUAGUAUGUACUGUUAAAUAAUUAGUCUUAUUGAAGCAUACAUUAAAAUGAGUACUUUUAUGAUGAUGAUAGUGAAUUGUGUUUAUGAAAUCACUAUUUAGAAAUUAGUGAAUUUGUAAUCUUUUUAUAAUUUAUAAAUCAAUUUUACUGUAAAGAA